UGAGUGUGUGCACCGUCGACCCAGAUGUCAGCACAGAGCACCUCUGUCAAAUUCAGUCUGCUCUGGUUCUAAUGAACCGUGCUCCCAAAAUGAGGUCUUUACCCGCAGGCCGGUUUAGCUGCUCUGCCUCGCUCUCAUACAAAGGCUAGCUGGGUCUCUCUGCCUGCUGUGGAAAUUAGCCGCACAAUGGGAGUCUCAAAGUUCAGAGCUGGAGGCUCGUCACCUCAGAAAAAAGGGCUUUUACUGGGUGAGAUUAGUAUGAUUGAUUUGAUUGGAGCUGGACUAUAAAAGCUAUAAAGCUUCUUUAGCCACUCAAAUCCAGCUGGACUGGAAAUGUGGGUCGGAGCAUUCGGAGCCUGAUCGCUGAUAACGGGCCUGAAUGCCGGCUCUCCGGACGCGGACUGGGACCUGUGACUGAUAUCCUGUGCCGAGUGAUGGAGACGGGUGGAAGGGCUAGGAGAGGAGUGAGGGACGAUAGAGAGAACUCUCCACUGUUCCAGUAUUUGCAGGAUCUAGGACACACCGAUUUUGAGGCAUGUGCACCCAUCUCUCAGACUCAGGAGGAGGAGCUGAACGCCCAGGAGAGGCUUCUUCCCCAGGACAUCCUCCCCCCAUCCAGAAAGGGUGGUAUUUGGAGGUUGGCUGAGGCGCUGCGAUGUCUGAGUCCGUUCCAUCGGGGCAGUGCCUCCCUGCGGCAGGAGCAUCAGCUGGAUGCUGCGUUUCGUCAGUACACACUGCGCUGUGUGUUGUCUCAGGAUGUGCUGUUGCAGGAAGAUGUGGAGCUAAUCGAGCUUUUAGACCCCAGUGCUCUGUCUCUGGGAUCAACCAGUACUGUCUGUCCCAGUGCUACCACAGCCCUGCCUGCACCUCGCUACCUCUCAUCACCGUCUAUAUGGGAUGUCUCUGUACUGGUCGGACUGGUGGCUGUCCUGCUUGGAGUUUGGUGUUCUUGUCCUGAGGAUAGUCCGUUCCUGCUGUGGCUGUUUGUGUGCGUGGUUUGUGUGGUAUGUGUGUGUCGUGGUGUGUCUCUGUGGCGUAAGGCCGGGUUGCAGAAAUGUGUUCAAUCUCAGGCCAUCCAGUUGGAGAGUCUGGUGCUGAACAGCCGAGCGCUGACUGGCCUCGCCCGCAAAUCCCUCCGCCUCAUCCAGGAGACUGAGGUCAUCUCUCGUGGAUUCACCCUUUUACUCGACAGGGUGAGUGCGGCCUGUCCCUUCAACAGGGCGGGGCAACUGCGCAGCCAGCAGCUGAUUGGCCUGAGGAAAGCAGCCUACCAGAGUCUACGCUGCGCCUUCAGAGCCUCGCGCCUCGCCACCUGCAUUAUGCUUAAAUCUUUUCCUCUGAACUCGGAGAUCGACAAUGUCACCAACUACGUCUCUACCGUGCCAAUCAGAGAACUGGGUCUCGGUCUGGGGGCGGAGCAUCUUUCUGACGAACAGGCGCAGGAGCUAACAAAUGACUACAGUCUGCCUGCCCUAAAGCUGUUGUUUCAGUUGUGGGUGGGCCAGAGUUCAGAGUUUUUCCGCCGGCUGGCUCUGCUUCUGUCCUCGGGCAGGGAGGACCCCGAGCCCAAGUCCUGCCCGCUGGCUUACCAAAGCAUCGCUGCCAUCACCAGCUCCCUCCAUCCCACCCUGGCCAGCUGCCUGGGCGACCUGCAGCGCAGCUACAACUUCCAUCGCUACUUUGAGACGCAACACCAGGCGCAGGCCUCGAGUCGGACGGGACGUGCCCGGCAGAAAUGCAGAGAGCUGAACUCGCUUCACACCUCCGUCCGCAGCCUGCAGCUCCACCUCAAAGCCCUCCUCAGCGAGGUGAUUAUCCUGGAGGAUGAGCUGGAGAAGCUGAUGGUGGCAAAGGAGGCGGAGGAGGUGACUUGUGCAGGGUAUCAGGAGCUGCGGGAGCGACUGCACCUCCUGCAGCCCCACAUGCAGGCCAGCUCCUGCUGCUGGGACGACAUGACUGCACAGGUGGAGCGCAUGCUGCGCCGGGUCACCAGCUGUCCAGGAAAUGAAGAAAGUCCAGAGGAAGCAGCUGGUCCUGCACCGCCUCCUUCUGCCCCCAUCAAACACAUACAGGACAGAGACCCCAUCCCGGAGGAGCAGGAACUGGAGGCGUACGUCUCAGACUCUGACUCGGACACAGGGUGGGGCGGGGUUGUGGACAUGCUCUCGCCGUGGGAGCGCGAGCGUCAGCGUUCUGAGCGGGACGAAUCACGGAGAGUUUUGCUGGAGCUCAAAUCUGUCCUGGGCUUCCGAACAUCAGAAGGAGAGAGAGACAAGCGCAAAUUAAUGCUGUUCAGUGACCAAGCCGCAUUGGCCCAGGUCACAGAGGCCCCAGAGCGUCCCACUAUCCUGGAAUUGCCAGCAGUUCUAGACUGUGGCCAGCUCACAACGGUCACGGGCAACCACGUAUCCCAGCAGCCACUGGGGGGAGGUGGAGAGGAGGGGCAGGAAGACGGAGAGACUGAGAAAGACUGCACGGAGGACAGAGAGAAAGACGUCAGAACGGAAUUCUGCUGCGGCACUGCUGAAGUCACUGAGAAAGCGGAAGACAAAGGAGGUGGGCAGGACGAAACGGAACCAGUACAACUCUUCCAGUCGGAUGGGUUGAUUGACGAGGAGGGGCUAGAUGGGACACACCCCCUCACUCCCAAAGUCCCAACCCUCUCAGUGAUAAGCAGGCUGACGGAACUGCAUGGCUCAGAAGCGCUAAGUUUUGGCUCCGCCCUCGCUGCCCAGGUAGCUGCUCGCUCUCACACCUUUACACAGCUGCAGGAAUGCACUUAUGGGGACUCGGAGGAGGAGGAGGAGGAGGAGGAAGAGGACGAUGGAGCAGAGGGGGAGGAGGUGACAUCACAGCUGAAGAAACUGACAUCAGAGACGAAGAAACAACAUUGAAGGACUGCUGACUGAACUAUUUUACCACAUAGAGGUUAUUUAUUCCCAUGUACAGUAGGUUUAUUUAUUGAGUUUGAGUUCUGGACACAGGCAGCAGUGGCUGGUAUGUGAAUGAGAUUUGUAUGUUCUUUUGCGUGUGUGUGUGUGCGCGUGUGUGUGUGUGUGUGUGUGUGUGCGCGUGUGUGUGUGUGUGUGUGUGUGUUUAAGGUCUCUAAGGUCAUAUAUAUUUCCAUCAUUCAAAAUUUUCUCCCAGUUGCCCUCAGGUACAGGUUAGCACACGCAGACACAGAACUUUACAGUGAUCCACCCGCAUGUAUAAACAAAUGGAUAAACACCUUCAUGCUGUAAUUUAUGUCACUGACGUUACUUUUAACACUAAUCGUCCGUCCACAAACGCGUGCGUCAUGUUUCAGAGUGUGUUUUUUUGUGGUGAAGAUUAUACUGUAAUUAAGGUUGCCCAAUUCAUGACGAAAACUUAAUAAAAGAUGCAAGAUUUUGAUGCAGUGUGUAAAAAUGUAGCUACAAUUUUCUAAUACACUGACAUGGCAUCAUGUCCCAUGACUUUUGGCAUACCCUAAGGAGGCAAAAAAAAGCAUAUGUUCUUAAAAAUGGGAUGUGGUCUUCAGUGAUUUUAGCCAGAGUCGCUUCUCUGUUCAUAUGGACAAUUUUAGCCAGACGCUGCCGGUCACGAUCAUUACCGUAUUCUGCAAUCGCUGUCUACUGUGGGUGGUAAUAUCAGCUUUCUAUCACAUAUUCCUACUACACAUGUGACACUGUGGAUGCAGGAAUGUUAAAUACCUGCACAGCUUCAGAAAUAGAAUUCCCUAUCCAUCUGCACCCACCUGCAUCAGGCCUUGCAUGAACUGUAAUUAAUGCACAUUGGCAAGUGUUCAACUGGUAAUUGCUCACAAGCUAACAGCUCACAACUUUUACGCUUGUGGCCAUUCCUGAGGUAGCUCUUCAUGAUCAAUUUACUUACUGCUAUCCCAUGUCAUUUUUUGGCAUGUUAGGGCUUUUUCAGAUGGACUGGGUGGGCUGUGGCUCUUAUCAUCUGGAGCUGUGUAUCUGCUGGGGUCACUGCCCCAUACAGAACUGACAUUAUUGCUCUCAGAAAAUGAAAGCGUCCUGGUAAAAAGAUCAUCAUGAAUGUACUGUUCUUUGUGUAAAUUAAUCAUAACAGCCCACUGGACUUCAGCACUACAUUACUACCUCUAUAAAUACAGCCCAUUUCUGUUAUUUCUGUCAGUGGUAUUUUGUUAGAGUGGUAUAUUUAGAUUAAUGACAUGAAUAGUCAUUUUUGUCACAUGUUCAAAGAGCGUUUGGGGAGGUUAUGUGUGGGUUGUACGCUGUAUAGCCAAAAGUAUGUAGACACCUGCUCAUUAUGCUUAUUUUAACAAGUGUUAGCCGUCAUAAAGAUUGCUUUCUCAUUUGAUCUAAUUUCAUCCUAAGACAAACUAUGAUACCUGUUUUUUUGCUGGAAUAGGCCUGUGUUUUAAAGGACUAUUAAGGAUUAUAUUUUCUAUUUUAUAACUUAUAAUCAGAUAUUAAAGAAACGUGCAGAGUUAAAGCACGAAAGCCAGCAGACAGUUUUUUUUUUUUUUUUUUUUUUUUUUUUAACUGUGUGGUACAUCACGGAAAAACGGUGUGGGUUUUAGCCUCUGAAUGUAUACAGGUAUAGGCAGUUGUAGCCAUGGAAAAGCAAACUGGCUCUUUUUCUAGUAAUUUUUAGUGGUCAAGUAAUCACUGAGAUUCAGAAAGGUUUUUUAACCAUCGCUGGCUAAUUUAUCACCACCACUAACAUAGUAAGGACGGGCAUUUUGAACAUUGCAAACUUCCAAAAUGUGGCAAUAUGACAACAUGGCAACAUGCGUGAGCUUCAUCUCUAGGGCAGAAAACUCUAUCCAGGGUUUGGAAAUUGGAUUUCAGAGAAUUAAAAUCAGUGAAGAACCUUAUAGAUUUUGAGUGUUUUUUUUUUUUUUUUUUUUUUUUUAGUUUAAAAUUAGCAAGCAAAUGAAUCGCAGUGUGCUAUUGAUAGAAAAUCAGAAGGUUUGAUCAGGAACUGUGCCAAAUGUUUGGGUUUAGCCACAACAGGUAGUGCAAAAAAAUAUAAAAAUGACUGUUUUAGCUUUGAUACAAUCUCAGAUGUAAUACUUGGGUCCUGUACUUCCUGGGUACGUAGUUUUUGUAUCUUUGAUGUCACACUAAACCAUGUAUCUCCUUUUUCACUGCUAUUUGUCUUUUAAAAUUUAUUUCAAUUUUAUGAUUAAUUGAACGAUAGAAAUGCUCCAAAAUCACUUAAAUUCAUAAAUUUAGGAAAUAUAGCGAUGUUGUGUUACAUAAAUCACUCUCAAAACUUAGUAAACACUUGUUGACACUUGGCAACAUUUUACAAUAAAGGUACAACAAUAAACAGUACUUAAGACAGUGAUGAACAUUGUUAAAAGGUUAAGUAGUGUCUCACCAGGUAAUUGACCAGUUAAGACAUUAUUAAACAUUACUAAAUGUUAUGCUUAAAAAUGUUGUAAAUAAUAAGAGAUUAAGUAAAAAAAGUAAUGAUUAAUAUUGUAUUAACUAGUGUCAGUUAAUAAUUAGUUGAGACAUUCUGUGGCGAGUACUAUGUCUCAUAGACUAAUGUACUGUAAACCAGUAUGUCUUUAAUACUUUUAGUUAGGGGGAAAUAUGUGAAUAAUACAUUUCUUUUCAGUUGUAUUCUCCCUACUUUUAAGGAACACAGUUGCACCUGAAGGAUCAUGCUGUACUUUUAAGGGUAUGUUUGCACUGUUUGUACUUUAAUGAAAGGAAAUGGACCUGUACAGUACCUUUUUUCUUAGAGUGAUGCUAUAAAUCAAAUAUUUAAUACUAAAACUUGCCUUAAACACUGUUUCCUGAUUAAAGAGUGUAUGAUUUAUUAUUUUGCACUGGGUUCUCGUGAUGAGUAUGAAAUUCUGGACGCUGUUUUAAAUAUACGCAUCAUUAUCUGUGUGUGUGUCUAUUGUAAAGCCUGUAAAACCUGUCGGCGUGUGGGUCUUGUGUUCGCUACUGUCAAUUCUUUUCCAUGCGUAAUCCUAAACUUCCCCAAUCCCCCACCGUGACCAUGACAGACUGUGUGUGCGUGUGUGUGUGUGUGUGUGUGUGUGUCCUCACUCAACACCAACUAUGCCUUUUCUAAUGGUUGUUACAUGUUUUUUUUUCUGCACUCCAAAUAGCAAACUCCUCCCAUUUCAUUUGUGAAAUAAUAAACCGAUUCUUCAACCUGA